AUGCUACGCGGUUUUUCACAUAAAGGAAAUUAUAGGAAAGUGGCUCAAGUGUCAUUUCAAAUAUGUCAACAAUUAGUCAAAAGACAAAGAUUUCACUCGAAUGUAGCUUUGACCUUAGCUGGAUUACAGUGUUCCAAUGACACUGAUGACGCUCAUUGCCAAUUAUGUGGUAUUCAGGUGUCGACAUCAAAACUGGACACGGAACCAAUGGAUAUUCAUGCUAAACGAAGUCCAACUUGUCCAUUUGUGCUAUCACGAGUAUCUCACAAAAAAACGAACGAUGCUUGUGAAUCAGUACCAAGCCAUGAAAUCAACAAAAAUACUGUUGACAAACAAAGCUACACACUAUGCGAAGUCGAGAUCACAAAACAAGUACGACAACGUACUUUUUCACAUUGGCCUCAUCAAUUAUCACCUACUAGUUCAGAAAUGAUCGAAGCCGGAUUUUUCAGUUGUAAUAUUAGCGAUCGUGUCAUUUGCAUUUAUUGUAAUAUUAUCUGUCAGCAAUGGACUCAAAAUAGUCAUACACCAUGUGAAAUUCAUAGAACACUUUCGCCCAAGUGUCCUUAUGUUAUUGCUAUGUUAGCUCGUCCUCAAACAGCAGCUAUUUUAGUCAUCAACGAACAGCGUGGUACUGAUCAAUCACUAGCCUCCAGUAGAGCAGAUCUCCUUCGAUCGAAUCCCAUAGUUCAUGUGAAGGCUUGCAAUUCACCUUACAUGGAAAUCACACAACGACAUGCAUCGUUUGAAACUUGGUCGAAUACAGAUUCACCAUCUGUAGACGAUCUAGUGAGAGCUGGAUUCUUUUAUACUGGUAAUGCAAAUAUUGUGACUUGUUUCUAUUGUAAUGAAUCUCUUCAAAACUGGGGUCCGAAUGACAAUCCCACAAUUGAGCAUGCACGCUGGUUUCCAUGCUGUGCCUAUGCAGAACAGUUGUGUGGUGUUGAGUUGUAUCGAAAGAUUCGAGAGUCCACACGAAUUCAGCAAGAGAAAGCGAGAGCGAAUGAUGCAACCAAUGGGUCAUCAAUGAAUUCUCUAAACUCAAGCAAACAAUGUUUGUUGAUACCAGAUGAGAGUACUUUGCCACGGCUCGUCGCUGCACGCCUCGAUUUGCCGAUAUCACAAAGGCUUCUAAAUCAAAAUUUCAAACUGUCAAUUAUCAAAAGAUGUUGGGAAGACCAACUUCGAUUGAAACAUGAAGAUUUUAUGAGUGAUAGUGAUCUAUUAAUGGCUUGUAUAAUUCUUCAAAAACAAAUAAAACAUAUAGGUGGCAAGAAGGAAAACAUACUCGUACCAUGCAUAGUUAUGGAAAAGAUUCGAGAGGCAGAGCAACUAGAAGCUCAUGCGCAUAAAAAACCAGCAUCACAGCGAUUUUGUAGUAAUCCAUCAGCCAAAAGUGAUGUUGAAAUACCAACCUCAUCAUCAGAAUCAAUUCGAAAAAAUGUCAAUUCUGGAUUUUUCAAUCCGAUUAAAGAGGACCCACAAGAGAAUAAAUCUCAAGAAAAUGGUCACUCUAAUCGUAGCCAGGAAAAUAAUCAAACAUCGGUUAAUCUGUGCGUGUUGUGCUUAGAGGAAGCAAGAUGUCUUGCAAGCAUGCCAUGCGGUCACCUAUCUACAUGUGUGCCUUGCGGUCAUUCUCUGCGCUCUUGCCCUAUUUGCCGUCAUGUCAUUGAAGGUUACAUGCGAAUAUAUCUUUGA